AAUGAAUGUUUCAGAUGUAAAUAUUAUGGCAUCAGCCUCAAGCACAAGUGCUAAGAUUUUAUUCCAGGAUUCAAAACAGAAGCUUUCAGAGCGUGUCCAGGCUAAUAUUACAAGUGUUGGUUCCCUAGUUCGACAAUUACAGAAAGGAUCCAGAUCUAACGAUAUCCUUGGACAGACAGUUAGAAACUUCUCUGCAGCUGAAGUAUCCAUCAAUAACACCUCACAACAGCUUGACCGUAUUUCCGUGCUGACCGCACAGCUCGGAGAACAACAAGAACGGGUUCAAAUAUCCACGGACAAGAUCAGUCAAGUAAGGGAGCAGGUCCUUGAUAUGCAAAGAUAGUGCAUAGAGGUUAAAAACAAAUUCCAAACCGGUGGAGAAGAAAUAA